AUGAGUGAGACCUUAAGUCAGGAUCCGGAUGGGCUAGGGGCUGCUUACACGACCCUAGCUCCAUCGUAUCCACCCACUCCUGCAACACCGAGUUCCACUGUGCAAGAAGGUCCUCCGGGCGCGAAUCUACCUCCAUUUUCUACGUUCUCGGCGGACAUGGACUCAGGCGGAGCGUUUAGUUCGAUGUCUGAUCGAUUGUUUAGUGAUACUCGUCUGUUAGACAUAUCAAAUUGGGACUAUUAUACGGAAACAAGACUUUUAGACCGUGGUGAUAAUGCUUUGUCGAUCAUCACCUCGCAACCUCAAUACCGUCCGUGGGAAUCGAAACCGGUUGAUGCUUCCACAUCUACGUUUUCGGCCACCACACCGGUUAACACGUUAGCUGACGCCUUUUCUCAACAGAAUGGCGCCUCUAAGUUACCCUCAUUCCAGUCCCAAUUCCAAAGCUUCAGUGAUUCCGUUACCACCACAGAACCGACCUUAACCACACUUACCAAUCUAACGCCGGUUUCGCCAAACUCUUCUAGUCCACAAAGUCACAGUUUAACGACGUUAAACUCUAAUUUCCACACCCUAAGUGCUGUUAAUGUUAACCCAAGAAACUAUCCCUUAGUACCUGCUCCUAUUCAAGCAAGGGAAAUACCUUCUAUUCAACAACAGUUUCUUGACGAGAGACACAUACAGUUAUACUCUCAUCCUCCUACUAAUAUAGCCAUAAACAAUACGAUACACCCAACAUUUUUAAAUAGUCAAAACGGUGCCAUUAUUCAAAAUAACCAGUUGAUCUCAUCUCCGACUGUAGUGACAGUAUUAAAGUCUGAGCCAGACUUAAAGCUAACGACCUUACACCAAGAUUCCUUAAAACUCCAAAACGUUGGCCUCCACCCUACACAAUUCCAAAAUCCCAUGGCCCAAAUCCACAAUACCGACGGCAAUAUUUACAACGGCGUCGAGAAAAAAAUUAACGGGAACAUGACUUCGCCCACUAGAAACGAUUUCCGUAAAAAAGAACGAAGGAAAAUUCGGGCAUCUAGUCUCGAAAGUUCGGUGGACAGUGACGGAGCUUCCAGUAAUAUGGACAUGGGGUCGGAAAACUCGGGACAGGUAGCCGCCAUUUCCAGUACGGCCGGUUUUAAAACCCACCAAAUGCACGUUAACAGUUCGGUGGACAUGGAUACGGACAUUAGUGGUGGAAGCGUUGAUAAGCAGGUGAAGAAGAAGCGAAAACGGUGCGGUGAAUGUAUCGGAUGCCAAAGAAAAGAUAAUUGUGGUGAUUGUGCCCCUUGUAGGAACGACAAAAGCCAUCAGAUAUGCAAACAAAGACGGUGUGAAAAAUUGACGGAGAAAAAGGUCAGUGAAAAGUUUUAUAAAUUUGGAUAG